UUGGUUGUUUUUUAACCAAAAUGUUGUUACAUUGUAGUAUUGUGUCAGACUAUUAUAGAUAAUGCAUUAGGGUAGUGAAAAACAGCAAGAAAGUUAUGGAAAGUGUCACUGCUGUGUGUUUCACUGCUAUGCACAGAUUACAGGAAAUUAAAUAAAGAAAUGGGACCGUAAAAAAAAAAAGACACGUGAGGAUGUGAAAGUGUCUAGUGUGAUGCAGGACAAGAAGGAGGAGGUGCGAUGCUUAGGGAAACCCCCUGAUCUGACAGAAUAAAUACAGGCAUGUUUGCCACCGAUUGACAACUUCACAGCCUCACACCGAUACAACAGCUGAUACAGACGGCAGAUCAUCACCCAUUUCAACAAUGAAGUCAGCAGCUCUCAUCUCUCUUCUUGCCGUCAUGCUCUUUGUAGUUGUGAGAGGGCAACGGGAUACUCUGGCCAGAUGCCGGUGCCAGGAUGAAGGGACCAACGUCAUUCAUCCAAACCGAAUCCAGCGGCUAGAGGUGUAUCCCCCUUCCGCCUCAUGCCCCAACGUGGAAAUCAUUGUCACUCUCAAGGACAACAGAGGACAAAAGUGCCUGAAUCCAGAAAGCAAAUUUGCCAAGAAUUACAUCAAGAGCGCCAUCAAAAAGAGGAGUGCAGAGUAAAUUGCAUUGGACAAGUCCACUGAUCUCUCUCCGAGGUCAGACAAAAGACAGCUAUUACUUUAUCCACAUCAAAAACAUAUCAGCAAUCCCAGGUGUUUCACAUCGGAGUCCUUUUAUGUUUGAAAAUGAAAUUCACAUGUAAUAUGCCUUUUUUGGGUGUGUUCCUGUCAAGUCUUAAUUUAAAAUGCAUUGUUUAUAUGUGAUGUUUAUGAAGAUAUUUAUACUGAAUAUUGAGAUAAUUUAUACAAUGUUAUGAAUUUUGUGAUACAUGUUGGUUAGGAUUCUGUUGUAAAUAUGAAUUAGACAAUAAAAGUUUACUGAGAA